UGAACGCCUCGAUAAAUUGGUUUAAUUUUCAUUAAGCUGUAAUCCUUUACCGGAUUGUCCAAUUUAAAAACGAACAAACAUAACGAACAUAAGUGUAACACGUACCUAGCAACAGACAGAAAUAUUAGCAUGCUAGACGUUUUUAUUCUGCCCGUAUGUUUCAAGAGCUGUUGAGACGCUAAACUCCUUGCGCUGUCCAAGGAAAUACAUGACCUACAGCAAAUUAUCACAGAGACUUCUGUCCGUGUAACAAAUUGAAAGAUACCUGUAUAAGCGAUAAAGGAAAAUGCCCUCAGAAAGGCACCUGCACAGAAGUCGAUGGAUCAUCUACAGUUUUGUUCUCAUUGAGCUGGUGAUAAUGGCUGGGACUGUCAUGCUGGCUUAUUACUUCGAGUACACCGACACCUUCAAUGUGCACGUACAAGGAUUUUUCUGCUAUGACAAUUCCUAUACGAAGCCCUACCUUGGACCUGAGGAGUCGAGCGCUAUUCCGCCAGCCCUCCUUUAUGCGCUGGUUGCUGGAGUCCCCACACUUGUGAUAUCCGUUACAGAGUCCAUCCUGUUUUUGCUGCAGUAUACCUCGAAAGAUCUCGACAGCCGUGAGAAGACCAUCGUCACAGGAGACUGUUGUUACCUCAACCCUCUUGUGCGUAGGACUUUCCGCUUCCUGGGUGUGUACACAUUUGGCCUGUUCACCACGGAUAUCUUCGUGAACGCGGGCCAGGUUGUGACGGGGAACCUGGCCCCUCACUUCCUCACCGUGUGUAAACCCAAUUACACGGCCCUGGGCUGCCAGCAGGCCCUGCGGUUCAUCAGCCACCAGGAGGCCUGCACGGGCAACGAGGACGACAUCCUGCGCGCGCGGAAAACCUUCCCCUCCAAGGAGGCGGCGCUGAGCGUCUAUGCCGCGCUCUAUCUGGCCAUGUAUAUCACCUGCACAGUGAAAGCCAAAGGAACCAGACUAGCAAAGCCUGUUCUGUCUCUGGGCCUCAUGUGCCUGGCCUUCCUGACUGGAAUCAACAGAGUGGCCGAGUACAGGAACCACUGGUCUGACGUCAUCGCAGGGUUCAUUAUAGGAGUGGCUAUAGCUACUUUUCUGGUUGUGUGUGUGGUUCACAACUUCAAAGGAAAGUUGUUGCUGAGUGAAAGUCCACCAGAGGACAGUAUGACCAGCGCUCCCAUGAUCAACCUGCCCAGAGUAGAGAGCCCGCUGGAAAAGUACAUCGCCUCACAGAUUUGGGGAGCAGACAGGGGUUAUAUGGCAGUUGAACAAGAUUAUCAAGAAUCACAUCGCCUUCGCUGAAGUCACAUGACGUUGAAGCCCCUGUUUACCAGACACACUGGACAUCAUCGCUGUUCACUGUCCAGCUGUCAUAGUGCAAUGCUAAUUCUCACUGUACAUUAUCAUUUUGAAUACGCUUUCUUCGUCCAUGUCGGUGUUUAAAGAUCCUCGGUCUUGACGUGAAAUAACAGCGCAUUUAAAAGACUUCCUGCUUCUGCACAUUUUUUUUUCAUUCGCUCUGAUUUUUUUUAGCACACUUUAGACCGGGUGGUUUUAAGUCUGUAUGUCUGAGACUAAAAGUCUAUGAAGGCUUAAAAAAAGAAACUUAACCCUGGCUACUUCUGCAGUUUGUGUGCAGCCUUUGAUUAAGGACAAAAAUCUAUGAAUUACCCUACAUCACAAAGACACAGCAAAAUUGUUAUAUUUUUAUGGAAGGUGAUCACAUUUUUUUUGGGAUCUUUUAUUGAUUUCAUUAAAGCACUGCAUUCAGUAACAAAAAAUCAAUUAUAUGGAUAAAGCUGAUACAUGAAUUAUCUCCCGAAAAUAUAAGACAUGAUAUUUUUUAUGUUAUACAAUUUUUUAUGCUUGUAAACUAAACAAUUUAUUCAGGUUCUUUUGAUAUGAAGGAUGAAGGGGCGUCACGUUAAUACUGUGUUGUACACCACACAUGAACUAUGUCCAUAGACAAACAAAAUGUUAAUGUUUUACAUGUCCGUGAAUGUUAUUUUGUGUGCUAAAUGAUAUGCCAUCAGUUACCACUGAUUGUGUGUAUGUGCGCGUGUGUGUGUGUGGGAAGAUCCAUAGAGAGGGUGUGAGAAAGCCAACAUGAUUUAAGCUCAUUGUUACUUCACACAUUAAUUCUUAAACAAUCGACCAGACAAUCACUUGUAUUUCUUCGAUACGAUUUCAAUAAUUACAACAGAUAACUGAAAGGAAUAAUGUUGGUAUUAUAUACAGUCAGAACAACAUAUUGUGGGCAUCCCCCGUGCAAUUGGAUUUGGUCUCCUGAUCAAUGUUGUGAGAAUGAAUGGCAAUCUGUUCGAUUUCUAUUCUCUCAUACUAUUGCUCACAACUUUAAGGAGGAAAUAAAAGCCAAAUAAGAUGUAAAUGUUAUUCCCAUAAGAAGAUUCAUUAAAUAUCGUAACAUCGCAGGCAUUAUGCCAAACGAUCUCAAAGUCUUGCUUUUCAACAUCCUCUGUCACAUUUUAGAAAUGUUUAGACGUUUUGUAAAUUGUUUUUGCAGAUUGUUCCGCAAAAGACUUGGUUUCCAGCUCAAGAUAUCUUUGAAAGAGUUUUAUCUGCAUUUCCUCAGAUGUUUAUGUGAGUUUAUAACAUUGAAUUUAAUUAUCCUGCCUUUACAUUUAACACUAGGCUAGUAUUCACCAUCUCUAUUUAUUAGUAUUCAUAUUUAAUGUAAAUCUGAGUAUUUUACAUGUAGAGGUAUAAUACUCAUACUUGUUCAUAGUAAAAUCACAUUUACAUGCAUCAGCUACUCUGUAUCAGCAUAGUGAGGUGAGAUAGGAGAAGAGAUGACACUUUAAAAGAUACCUCAUAAGUACAGGUGAAAACACAUCCAAUGUCAAAUAUGGCAUUGUGCUUUAAAUCAUAAUAUUCCUCCAAAAGAUUAUUGCCAAAAGGGUAUGCAGAUGAAGAAUAGCAUAUUCAUCAGAAGCAAUAGAAACAGUUCAACAUAUAUGUGUACACACACACGUACACACGCACAUGUGUGCAGGCACCCACUCAACCUAUUUUUUUGUUGAGCACUUAUAAAUAAUAUGCAUAGUCAUUUAAAUAGCAAUUGUUGUGAUUACAUCAAUUUGAAGUGGUAUUCUAUCCCAUGAAGAGAUUUAGCUCUCCCUGAAAUGAAGUGUAUUUAGCUCUUAUAUUAAACUGGAAAUAUUCUAUGAUAGCACUUUAAAUCAAGCUGAUUUCAACAUCCCCAGCUUCAUCUCAGUUUGAAAAAAUAAUAACCAUAAAACUGCUGCUUAAAAAUACAUAUUCAACUAAAAUCAAUUUUGAAAAAAUGAAAUGUGCAUAGCAGCUCUUAAUUGUUUUGUGUCAACAUAAAAUUUAAAUAUGAAUGAUGUAUUAAUAUAAGUCUCAAUGUUUUUGAUGAACAUUCUUGCAGUUUUAUUUUCUUACAGCUACUGUAUGUGCAGUUAUGUCUUGACACAGUGUAAUGUAUGUGUGUCUACAGAGGGUGCAUAAUUGUCUCAUAGUUUUCUAACAAUUAAAGUUAAUUUAAUAUCCCAGAUUCAUGUAAAUUACAACUAUCAAUGAUUGGUACCAAUGGCAUUGUUGCCAAUGUUUUAAUCUCUGGUUUGUCAGUACAAUGCCUAUUUUACUUCUGUUAUUUUACUAUUUUUUGUAUCAUAUACUGCAAAAAUACAGAACACAUCACAAAGUCAUUAACAGAUUGUACAUAAUUCUGGGAUGUUGCAUAUUGCAUCUAUGCAACAUUUUGGAAAAAUAUAUUUUUGUUGCUUCUUGUUCUUUAAAUUAUUGUUCACAAUUUCGACUGUUAUAUUGUUUCUAGGGUAGCUAAUUGUAUUGUGAGGAUAUUAUUGAAAUUCUGAUCAGAAGGUGUUGUUUUUAUAUUAUUCCAUUGCAAUUAUUUAUCAUGUUAACUUUUCUGUUUCUUUUAUUACACUUUGACCUUUUACACUGUAGAAAAAUAAUGUACAGUCUUUGAAUAAAAACUAAAUUACACAUAA